GUAAAAGCGGUAGGGCAUUCAGUGUUGUGUUCUUCCAAUCUUAACCCGAUGAUUUUUUUUCCCCGUCUUCAACGAAGGAAGAAAAUAGAUCUACAGGAACAGUCAGACAGUAAAAGUGUCCAUGGGAAGAAAUAUACUGCGAUAACCGUUGGGAAGGUUACCGAAGAGGAACAAUGAAGGCUUUGUUACUAUUUCUUGCUCUCAUGGCAUCAUCUGCGUCGCUUGGCAUGGCGAGGGUGAGUGAGUGUGCGCGCAAGGGAGGGAUCUGCAGGACUAAGUCUGGAAAUGGGUGUAAGGAGCUAAGAGGAAAGUGUGAUGAUGGAGGGGUCUGCUGCAGGAAAGACAGACCGUCCAAACGGAGGCUGUGUCGACAGAGAAGCAGCUGCACCAAGCAAGGAGGCAAUUGCAUAUCGCGGGAGGUAACUUGCACGAAGAUAUCCAGCGAUGGCCUCUGCAAGGGGGGAAGUUGCAAAUGCUGUCUGGGGAAUAAUCCUUCUUGCGCCAUCACUCCAGGCUGCCAUCUCCGUGGAGGAUUCUGUUUCAAGAAUUCUGGAAAGGAUUUGUGCUCAGAUGGCACCAUACUAAAAAACGAGUGUCAGGGAGAAGACUGCGCCUGUUGUAUUCCAAAGACAGGUUCUUGUCGCUGUGGACUGGUUACUAACGCCCGUAUCAUAGGGGGUCAAGAGAUAUCUCCUCACUACAAGUACCCUUGGCUUAUUGGUAUGCUUAGACCAAACAAAUACAAACAUGAAUUUUUCUGCGGCGGAUCUAUCAUUAACCGGAACUAUGUUCUUACUGCUGCACACUGUUUACUUGGUGAUGACGAUCUGCCUUUACCAGCAAAGGAAUUUCAAGUAGGAAUUGCUAACCACAAUUUCAAUUCUGAGGAUGACGACAUACAGGGCGUCACGCGGGCAGUGGAUGUGAAAAGUUACAUCAUUCAUGAGGAUUACGUCCCUCAAGAUCUUAAUGAUAACAACAAAGACAUCGCUCUCCUGCUUUUGAAGGAGUCGCUGGAUCUAACAUCACACCCGCAAAUUCAACCAGUGUGUCUGCCUUCUGACCCGAACAGAAAGUAUGAGGGAGAGACUGGGACCGUGAUAGGCUGGGGAGACACAAAAAACGGGAAAGGGGCAUACCCAGAUGCUGCUAGGGAGGUCGAUGUACCCAUCAAGGACUGUAAACUUAAGAAAAUAGCUGGUUCUCCAAUCACCCCACAAAUGAUAUGUGCUGGGAGAAAGAAGUCAAAGAACAAGAGCGCAAAGGGUGCCUGUUUUGGCGAUUCUGGCGGUCCUCUUUUCGUAAAUGAAAAUGGGAAAUACACCCAAGUGGGAAUUGUCUCCUUCGGGCGAAGUUGUUUCAAACCAACUGUAUAUGCUCGAGUAACUGAGUUUCUCACUUGGAUCAGCAAUAACACUCCUAAUGAGAUUUACUGUCAGUAACGUUACAUGGUGAACGAACAGAGGAGAGCAUACAUCUCUAGUGAUGUAUUUGAGAGAGGUACGAUAUUAUAAAUAAAAAGAUAAUGACUAUUUCAUACAAGAGUAUGCAAAGAUGAUUGUAUAAUCAUUUAAUGCAGAAAAUUUAUGCGAAAGGUACUUCAUAUAUGAGUUUGAAGUAUAACGUCCUUUCAGAAUAACUAUGAAAAACGAAGAAUAUAUUAAGACUUAGAAUCGGCAAAGGUAAUGACUGAAUGUUAUUUAUUCCACCAGUUUAUUGACUUUCUUCGCGUGUGUCCUCAUGAAGCACUGAUUCCCAAGAACCUCAAUUGAAAGAGGUUUCCAGACAAGCCCAAGACACUGCCAGGCAAGUCAGGCUGGCCAUCCACUAAGAAAAGCAAAAUAAGACUUGGGGAUUUGCUUUUCAUUUAUAUACCCUGUACUUCUAAACGCGUCUAGAGUUGAAGGAGGGUUAACAUAAUAAUCUAGCAGGAGAAAGAAGUUCAUGUGCAUCCACAUGGUAUUUUUUUAAAAGUACCAGUUGGCGAAAAAAGACGAAAGAAGGUCUAAAACAGUGUAAAUUUUGUUGUUUUUUGAAAUAUAUCCUGUCAUAGCGUUUUUAGAAAUAUAUCCUGUCAUAGCAGUGCAAUACUGAAGAAGAGACAACAGCCCAAGGUUGUCUAUCGACUGUAGGAGUCUUCAGACAUUAUGAGAAAUGUUAUUCAUUUUUACGAAUGUUGGCCCAACGAAUACACACGCAAACAUUUCCAUGUGAAAUAGGGUUCAUUUAACAUUCAGAUACAGCUGGUAUGUCGCUGAAAUAACUGAGGAGCAUCUACACUGAAUUCUAUUCAUUCCAAUGCAGUUACCAAGAUAAUGGACACGUUAGAAUCUUAAUCAUGUGGCCUGAUAUCAGCUGUUAUAUAUCCUAUACCAAUAUUAUAUUUUGCAUUAAAAAUACAACCUAUGACUAUUUUUGCUGUUUGUUUUUCAUGUUCUUUGUAUUUUGCUAUAUUUUAGUAAUUUCACUUGCUACUGAAUCUGUUUUACUAUAAAAUCAAAUGCAUUGUGUUUUCAUUGUUAGUGAACAUUAAACAUUUAUUGUUUGUACGUAUAACUGUGUGCUGUUUUCUCGCAAAACGCCCAUCCUAAAAUUCUGUAUCUUUUCUUAUCACUCGCUAUUAACCAGUUGUAUAUUGACGAAGUUUGUCAUCAUAACCAAUUAGAACGCGUGUCUGACUUCUGCAGUUAACCAAUCACUGAGCGCGUUACCCUAGAUCCGUGAAACUCGCAAGUGGACCUAAUAACAACAACCAUCCUAUAUCUAUGUAAGAAAUCAUGGC